AUGACACGCGUAACCAUUCGUAACAAGGCUCAUCUCGUCGGGAAUACAUACUGCCCGUCCUCCUCCGUUCGUCAUCGCAACACAAGAGUCAGGAAGAGAAGAGCGAUAAGGGAGAGAGAAAAGAGAAGAGAGGAGAGGAGAGAUGGCGAAUCUGAGCAAGGUGCGCGGGCCAAGGCUACGGCGGCGGCGCUCCGCCGCGUCCCGAAGCCGGAGAAGUUGGCGAUCGAGCUCCUCGCCAACUCGCGCGGGGCGGCUUACCUGAGCCGUACCGUCCGCCUCCCCGAGCCCCUGAAGGUCGGGGUGCUGAUUGUCGGCAACAGCUACGACUCCCUCGCCGCCGCCGCCUCCGGCUCCGACGACGCGCAGGCCGUGGCGGGCGCGGGCGAGUACGGCGCGGGCGAAGGCGUCGAGUACGGCGCGGGCGAGGGCUUCGAGCACGGCGCGGGCGAGGGCGUCGAGCACGGCGCGGGCGGGGGCGUCGAGAACGGCGCGGACGAGGGCGGCGAGCACGGCGCGGACGAGGGCGGCGAGCACGGCGCGGGCGAGGGCGUCGAGCACAUCGCGGCCGUGGGCGAGGAAGGAGCGGCGGCGGCUGGGGCGGGCGACACGGCGGCCGCGGAGGGUGACGCCGAGGCGGCGGGCAGCGACGGCUACUAG